AUGGUCUAUGAGUCAUCCUACGAAACUGGUCGAAAGCCAUUCACACCUGACUUGCAACGUGGAAAAUGGGAAAAGCCUACGGAUUUUAUUUUCGCUUGCUGUGGCUUGGCCCUCAAAUUGGAUAUAUUUGUUAUUUCUUAUUGGUUCUUCUUCGACACGCGCUUAUUUUUCAUAUUACCGUACUUUUUCUAUAUGGCAAUAUAUAUGGUGCCACUAUUGGUCAUCCAUUCCUUUAUGGGUCAGUUCUCAAGCAGCGGCUUUAUCUCCGCCUUUCGUCUAUCGCCGUUCUUUAAAGGUAUGGGCUAUGUCAGUGUCUUCUUGAGCAUUGCAAGUCUGCUCUUUUAUUCCAUCUUUGCGAUCGUUCCCCUCGUUUUCAUACUACAUUCCCUGCGCCCAACUAUGCCCUGGAGUUGCGAGGGAUUGGGGAAUGUGGGAAAUCUAACGACUGUGAACGCCAUUUCAAUUCUCGCGAAUGAAACCGAUUUCGAUGUCUUGCAUAUGACUGAGAUUCAUAUACCUUCAGUGCUAUUUUUUAAGCAACAUUUUGGGUCAUUGGGAGGUGGCUUCAUCAGUGAAAAGGAUGACUUUCAGUUUUCAUGGACUAUUGUGGGUUUCUCAGUUAUGAUCUGGGGGAUAAUUGCAUGUAUUUUUAGAUACUAUUCGGAAACGGCCAAGUUUGGAAAACUUCUGCGUUACAUGAUAAUGACAGCGUUGGCAUUAUUGAUGAUGUGCUUGGCGCGCUUUUUGUUUCUCCCCGGGGCUUUGGACGGUCUUACGCACUAUGUGAAACCCCAUUUAGACUCUACAAUAAAUGGCAGUUUAGUGAUGAUGGUUGUGGUUCUUCAGGCAUUUGGAUCUGGAUGGGGGAGUGUCAUGUCGUUGUCCAGUUUCAAUAAUUUUAAGACAAACAUUAUGAGCUAUAGUUGGAUAAUUGCCUUUGGACAGACUCUCGUCUACAUUCUUUUCGGUAUGGUUAAUUUUAUACUACAACAUUACUUUCGAGCGAUGAACGUUGACAGCUUAGAUUUAUAUGCCGAAACUAAUUGGGUUCUGUACUUAUCGAGUGCCAGUGCUUUGGCCACACUUGAAUGGGCCAAUCUCUGGACAAUUCUAUACUACUCAAUGUUGCUAAUUUCUUCGCUAAUUGUGAUGAUCACUCAAAUAUUUACCGUGCUUACGAGUCUCUUUGAUGAGUUUGAGUUUCUACGUGAGCAUAAAGAAAGGGUCACCUACGGACUCAUAGGAUUCCUAGCUCUCUGUUCGUUGUUGUUUUGCACGAAACAUGGUAUUAUAUUCUUCUCAGCCGUAUCUCUAGACGCGAUAUUUACUUACAGUGCUAUGCACUUGUUACUGAUACUUGCGGUUCUCUGGAUCUAUGGACGAGAUCGUUUCCAGCGAGAUAUUGAGUUCAUGCUGGGACGACCUUUUGCCUCAUGGAAGGUCUUCACAUUGCGCUUUAUUGCUCCACUUUUUUUGCUCAAUACUUUGUUGUUUGGAUUAUUUGCCUCAUUUAUGAAACAUGUGUACGAAUCGACACUUGUGUUAUACAUAAGUCUGUUUCUGGUGAUAAUCCCACUGUUAUUUAUUCCUGGCUAUGGAAUGUAUAUAACUUAUCAGAACACUGGAGGAUCUUGCAAUCGCUUUCGGCGGGCUUGUCGACCAACCGAUUGGUAUCCCCAGGAAAUGGAAAAUCGACAGCAAUAUGAGGAUGUUGUUGGCAAUUCUGAUUUGACUCAUCAGUUGUAUGAAGUAACCGAGGAAGUUAAUUGAUAUAAUACAAAUUACAUUAAAUUAUUUACUGUGAACAUUUUAUUAUUUAAUGUGUAAAAAAAAGUAUUUGCACAACAUAUAUACAGAGAUUUGAAGAAUAAUUAAAAAAAAUAUUGUUCUAUUACAAAAGAUUUAUUUGGUAUCUGACUCUGUAUUUUUGACCCAAUUGUAGAAAGUAAAACGCAACGUAUGUAUUCGUUAAAGUACAUUUAUUGAUUAACUUCAGAUUGCACACUCAUUAUGUCUCGUUUUUAAAAUUAUUUGUAAAAAAGGCAAAAUAAAUCAUAUGUGUUGCCUAAGCUGGGCAAUCUGUUUUA